AUGUAUGACACAAAACAUCCUUCAGGAAAAGCGCAUGGCGGAACGGCAAUAAUUAUUUAUAACGAAAUAAAAAACAAUCUACACAACAAAAAAGCUCACCUUCAAGCAACCACAAUUACCUUAAAAACACAGUAUAAUUCAAUUAAGCUCUCAGCUAAUUAUGCACCACCAAGAUACAAAAUUACAAACGAUCAAUGGAACAACUUCUUUAAGGAAUUAGGUUAUAAAUUUAUAGUAGCUGGGCACUUCAACGCCAAGCAUCCAAAUUCGGGAUCAAAAACCACUUCACCACUAGAAUCCAAAUUAAACUGUAAUAUUCCGCUCAAGACCCUGUUACAAAUAGAAAAUGCAACCAAUAAUUUAACAGAUGCUAUACAAGAAGCAGCAUGGGCAUCCACAAAUCAAAACUUUUUAACAAAAAAAAUUCUGACGUAUCCUAGCAUUAUUUUGCAAAAAAUAAAAGUAAAAAGGCAAGUAAAAGCUACGUGGCAAAAAUAUAAAACAAGGAAUAAUAAAAGACUAAUAAACAAGGUAACAAAAGAUGUAAAGAAUAGCAUACAKGAUUUUAACAAUGCUGAAUUCGAAAGAUACCUGACAUCACUUUCACCUCACGAAGAUACCAAUUACUCUCUUUGGAAAACAACAAAAAGAUUCAAAAGACCAGUAAAAUCUAUACCAGCCAUACGAAAUCUUAAUGGCUCAUGGGCGAAAAGCACAGAAGAACAAGCGGAAACCUUUGCAACUAACCUAGAAAACACAUUCACAGCACACAACUUCAAUACACAAGCAUAUGCAGAUACUAACGCAAACGACCUCGGAAGCAAAACAAAAUCUGAUGAAAACAAUAAUACCACAACAGCCAAAGAAAUUGAAAUGCUAAUAUCAGAAAUCAAAAUAAGAAAAGCUCCAGGUUACGAUCUAAUAAAUGGCAAAAUACUAAAGGAACUACCACCUAAAGCAAUUAGGAUGCUCACAAUAUUAUUUAACGCUGUAAUACGAGUCCAGUACUUCCCAAGUACACGGAAACUCGCGAAAAUUAUAAUGCUUCCUAAACCAAAUAAAGAUCCGCAUGAUGCCAAUUCUUAUAGACCAAUAUCGCUCUUACAAUUACUAUCCAAACUGCUGGAAAAAAUAAUAUACAAGAGAAUGAAAAAAAUAAUUUCUGACAAAAACCUGAUUCCUGAACAUCAAUUCGGUUUCAGAAAUAAACAAUCUACCGUUGAACAAGUACACAGAUUAACUAAUACGAUAGUAACAGCUUUAGAAAAUAAGGAGUACUGUUCUGUUGUCUUCAUAGAUGUAGAAAAAGCUUUUGAUAAGGGAAGUGUCCUUAGACCAAUUCUUUACAUUCUCUAUACGGCAGAACUACCAAUCAACGCUAACUGUACAGUUUUAACAUUUACAGACGACACAGCAAUGCUCACCGUAAACAAAGAUCCACAACGAGCAAUUCAACUAUUACAAAAACAAAUCAACUCUCUUGAAGAAUGGUUAAGCAAUAAGAAUAUCAAAGUAAACACUACCAAGUGCAAACACAUUACGUUUACACUGAGAAAAGGCAAAACACCGAAUCUACAACUAUACCGUAAUAAAGUUUAA